GGCGGGCCCAGGGAAAAGGCCUUGUGGCUGUCCCUUAUUGGGGGCUGGUUGCCAUGGUGUCACCGGCUUUAAAACUCCCGUGAACCACUUCCGGGACGAUAAACAUUGAAUUACUUCCAGGGCUGCCCAUACUUACUAUGGCUCACUCAGCGGUCUUUUCGGUUCCACAGAAAAUCAAACUUGUACGAAAAAAAAAAAAAAACCCUGGAAACGCUUCUCUAGCCCCGUAAGCCCGUGGUCAUGACAUACGACCGCAUCUUCCCUCGAUUUUAAGAACGUAUUUAUGAUACAUUCCUCCUCGGUUUAGCCAAUCUCCAAAAUGGCGCCGGCGGCCUCGCUGGGUCAGAGGCGAGUCACGUGGGCGCUCCCGGUUCCGGCGCGCUAGAGGCCCCGGGUGGUGAACGAGGCUCCGGCACCAUGUCUGGUUUGUCUGGCCCACUCUCCCGGCCUGGCCCUCGCCCGUCCGCGCUGCUCUUCCUCUUCCUGCUGGGCCCCAGCUCGGUCGUCGCCAUCUCCUUCCACCUGCCCGUGAACUCCCGCAAGUGUCUCCGCGAGGAGAUCCACAAGGACCUGCUGGUGACGGGCGCCUACGAGAUCACCGACCAGUCCGGGGGCGCCGGCGGCCUGCGCACCCACCUCAAGAUUACAGAUUCUGCUGGCCAUAUUCUAUAUGCCAAAGAGGAUGCAACUAAGGGGAAGUUUGCCUUUACCACAGAAGACUAUGACAUGUUUGAAGUGUGUUUCGAGAGCAAGGGAACAGGGCGGAUACCUGACCAACUCGUGAUUCUAGACAUGAAGCAUGGAGUAGAGGCGAAAAAUUAUGAAGAGAUUGCAAAAGUUGAGAAACUCAAGCCAUUGGAGGUGGAGCUACGACGCCUCGAGGACCUUUCCGAAUCAAUUGUUAAUGAUUUUGCCUACAUGAAGAAGCGGGAAGAGGAGAUGCGGGACACCAAUGAGUCCACGAACACCCGAGUCCUGUACUUCAGCAUCUUCUCCAUGUUCUGCCUCAUUGGACUAGCCACCUGGCAGGUCUUCUACCUGCGUCGCUUCUUCAAGGCCAAGAAGUUGAUAGAGUAAUGAGGCUCAGUCUUCUGUCCCCUGGUGUCAGCCAGCAGAACAUCGCUGGGACGUGCCUGCCUAGCGCAAGGCCAUUCUACUAACAGUACCAUCAAGGCACAGUGGAGUUUUCUCGCCAGAACUGAUUUCUUUUGGUGUGGGAGAACAUGGGGCACCACCUACACUCAACAAGUCAAUGAGGACUUCUUUUCAAUGCGGUAGGAUUUGGACUGGUUUUUCGACAAGAUUAUUAAAGUCACCUACGGAAAAACAAAACAAAAACAGGGGUUACCUACCUAGCUAAUGCCAAAGCCAGCACUGGCCCUGGGUUUCCUCAUGUGGUCCGUUGGAGCUGUUGGCUUCUCCCCCCCUCGCUCAUCACCUUGGUCCUUCACUCGAGUUCUUCCCCAGUAUUUCUGUGACCACGCUCAGCUUGUUUCACGCCAGUUGUCCUCUUCGGUUUCCCUGUGAAAACACCCUGAACUUUCUCUUGGCCCUUAGAUGAAAUGUUUACGUAGCUUCUGGUGAUAGCCUUCAUAAUUUUAUGUCUCCUAAAAGGGUCGUGGAUGGGACACAUAAAGAAGUGAGCUUUGAACUGUAGGUAAUCUCCUUAAAGAAAAUCUCAUUUUAGACAAUUAAAAUGUUUGUGUUCAACUGCUUGAACUCCUUGUGUAUGUGUUUAGUUCUGUCUCAGUUUGUCACGUGUGAUCCCAGGGAUCUUUUCAAGGUGGAGUGGUUCCAGCACGAGGUCUUCCUACUGCCCUAUGGCAGCCACUCCCUUCUCAGCUUCUGGCUCCCUCCUCUGCUCACCAUGUCUGUGACUUUGUUCCUUUGUUAUGGAAGUGGAAUCAUCAAGAGUGUGACCUUUGGAGGCUGACUUCCCACUCAGCAUCAUCCUGGUGAAAUGCCCCUCCAGGUUGUUGCAUGUAUGCUAGUUUGCUAGUUGUUACCUUUUCCUUGCUAAUACUCCAGGGUAUGGAUGCUACUGCAGUGUGCUUAAAGGUCACAUGGGUGGGUUUGGGGAUUUGGCCCUUAACCCGGAAGGUUCUUAUGUGAAUAUAAGUUUUCAUCACUCUGGGAUGAUGCCUAAGAGGGCAGUUGCUAUGCUGUGUGGGAAGUAGUUCUUAGACUUCGCUGCUCUCAUCUAGAGUGCUAUAUAGUUCUCAUUAGUAUUUAUCCUUGUUGUUUUAACUUAGCCCCUUGAAUAGGUGUCUGUAAUACCUCAUUAUGGUUUUAGUUUGCAUUUUCCUAAUGGCAGAUGGUGUUGACCAUUCUUUCAUGUACUGGUCAUUUACCAUCAGUAUGUCCUUGUCAAUGAGACGUCUGUUCAUGGCUUUUGCCCAGUUUCUGUUUGGGUCACUUGUUCAUGUCCCUGUAGAGUUUUGUGUAGGCCCUCUAUCGACGUGUGGUUGCUUACGUUUUUCACAUAACUUCUGCCAGGGAAAAAUAAGUACAUUUUACCAGCCCUUCAUGCAUGGCCAGUCAUUGACUUAUAGUUCCUGUCCUUAUAUUCCUUAUAUGUCCUUAAUUCCUGUCAUAAUCUCUUUUUUUUUUGUCUUUUUUUUUUUCAGAGCUGAGGCCUGAACCCAGGGCCUUGCGCUUGCUAGGCAAGCGCUCUACCACUGAGCUAAAUUCCCAACCCCUCCUGUCCUAAUCUCUAGAAAAUUAGACAUAUGGGGUUUAAACAGACAUCUAGAAAAGUCAUAGAAAGGUAAAUACUUGAAAAUUUGUGUUGUAAAAGCAAAGCCAGGAUUCAUUUGUCAGGAGUGUUAGGCACCUCAAGGCCAAGUCUACUGUACAGAAGGGAUGUGGGGCUCGGAGUGUACCUUGUGGUAGUUUACCUAAGGUAUGGAAGGCUCUGGUCCCCAGCACUAGGGGAAAGUAGAUACAAAUGUUUGUAAACAGGAAAAAUACUCAUUUGUCGUCUGAUAUCUUUCUCUCUUCUCCCAGGAAAGCAGGUAGGAGUUCAUCCUCUCUGUAAUCUUUCAACCCUGCUGACCUGUUACAGGGCUUGUCUUAAUUGCUGUGCUGAGAAGUACAGGACUUAGAAACACGUUGCUUGUAGUAAAGAAGUGGAAUAUUGAAAUGAUCCGAGAAUACUGUUAGCUGACCCAUGAAGUCUGAAGGUGAAAGAAAGGGAGUGAUUUGCGCUGUGAAAGUCUCAGGCCAUCCUGUUAAGGUCCCAGUUACUGUAAACUCAAAAGCCCUCUCUGUCUUAGGACUCCCGUAAAUUCCUCUGUGGGGCCUAAAGUGCUCUCUGGUACAACACUGCCAUCUGCUGCUGAGAAGUGAUAGGUCUCGCUUCUAAGAACUUAGCAGUUGAGUCUUCACCAUAGCAACAGCAGAUGUUCAGGAAUCUAACAUUCAUAUAUCAAGUGAUAGAGGAACAAUUCAAGUAGGAAAAGAAUAAACAGAGUUUUGGGUCGAAAUCCACCUGUAGACUUUAAAUGCCUAACAAGAGACUCUUAUUUCUGACUUGUGCCUUCCCCUCUUAAGGAGCAGUGAAAGCCACUCUGUGGUUACGGUUUUCUGUUAUGAAAAGUGUCACAGAAGGUAGGAGAAAAGAGAAUAAGCAUUUUGUCCAUAUUUUUUGUUUCCAAGGAGAGCUCUAAACUUAAGCUUUGUAGAACUGAAAUUCCUUGAGUCCUUUCUUUGUUUUGAUUCAUGCCAAAAACAACCAACUUAGACAUUGUAUUUUCAGUGAAUUGAGGAGCAUUUGCCUUUGACAACAGGCUAACACGAAAGCACAUCAGCUUUAUAAACAGGUAUGUUAUCUGCUUCCCUCCAUUUCCAACAUACUCAAAAUAAUCUGAGAAUAAUACAGUUUCAACAAACCUUGUUAGAUACUAUUUUCAUGACCCCCCAUGAGAGCCGUUCUUCUGUUUGUUAAUGGAAAGAGGCAUGUGGGAUUUAUACACACCUGUUGCAGAUUUUUGUGUAAACUUUGACAAAUAAAGGCUAGCAGAAACCA